ACAAAUCUAAAUGGGUAAGUGUGACAGAGAGAGACACACACAAAGAGAAAGUGAGCAGAGGAGAGAAAGAGAGGAGGAACAGUUUGGUUAAUAGUCACAGAGAGACUUGUUUGUGGACUACUGUUGACAUGGGAGGAAGAACAUAAAGUCAUCUAAGGAAACACAGACUUGACUUGUAGUUUUGCGCAAUCAGGAAACAGAAGGAGGUAAAGAAGAGAAAUGAAGGACUUGGUGCAGUCAGUAGAACUUGGGGUCUCUCAGCGGAAAGGAGUUAAAGUAAGUCGACCCAAAGCUUGGCUCCAGAAUGAAGUGGUUCGUGUGGGACUUGCUGAAUCCCUUUGCACUUACGUCAUGAUGGUUUUUGGCCUGGGGUCUGUGGCCCAGGUAGUGACAGGACAGGGAGCGUUUGGACAGUACAUCAGCAUCAACCUGGGGUUUGGACUGGGUGUUGCUAUGGGGGUUCAUGUUGGAGGGAAGGUCUCAGGGGCUCAUAUGAAUGCAGCAGUGUCCAUCACAAUGUGCGCGUUUGGUCGCCUUGCAUGGAAGAUGCUGCCUCUGUAUGUUUUUGCACAGCUAUUGGGUUCAUUUUUGGCUGCAGGGACAAUUUAUGGUGUCUAUUAUGAAGCUAUUUUUGACUACUGUGGAGGGAACCUGACUGUGACUGGUGCCAGGGCCACAGCCGGUAUCUUCGCCACCUAUCCUGCACCGUACCUCUCCUUGUUGGCUGGAUUUAUUGACCAGGUAUUCGGCACAGCUAUGCUGCUGCUGUGUCUGAUGGCGCUGGGCGACCAGAAGAACAAACCAGCCGCAGCAGGAAGUGAGCCUGUCGCAGUGGGCCUCCUAGUGCUGCUUAUUGGCAUUUCUCUGGGCAGCAAUAGCGGAUAUGCUAUCAACCCCACCAGAGACAUCGCACCCAGGGUCUUCACCGCCAUAGCAGGCUGGGGGGCAGAUGUGUUCAGGUCUGGUAAUGGUUGGUGGUGGGUGCCUCUUGUUGCACCCCCAAUUGGAGGAAUAUUGGGUGCAGGGCUCUACAAGGCGUUUGUGGAGAUGCUCCACCCUCCCCUCUCUGAACAGAGUGAGGGGCUGUUGGAGGAGGAGACUGUUGCUCUGGAGAAACGGGAAAACAACUGUGCAAAUGUAUGCGUCUAAGACCCCCUCACCCCACUUAAAACAACGCACAGUGUUGCUCUCGUAAAGCUGUGUGGCUAUCUGCAUGCACUAGAAUCAUUCCAUGAAAAAUGUAUCUUUAAAAAACAGACCAAGAGUUAAAAAAAAGCUUGAAUGGAGAACAGAGAGACUUUCUAAAAUCAGGACUUUUUUGGAAUAUGUCAAGCAAUUUUAAAAUGAUGUGUCCGCUUUAGGUGAAUAAUUUUAAUAAUAUCUACUAAUUUAGUUACUAAUCUAGUGGAUGUGACUGUGAGUGACUGCAACACAAAACAUAAACAAACUACAUUUACAGCUCGUAUUGCAACAUAUAGGACUAACAAAAGGCUGAAAAAUAUUUUUAGGGUCAGACGAUGUAAAAAAACACUCAUUGAUCUAUAUUUUAUUUAUUUUUUAAUAUUGAGGCAAUAGCACCAGAAAUAACCUUUCAGCACACUGUACAUAUCAUUCUAUUUUUAACAAUCAACAGGAGAGCACUAAACUAAACUCCUCUGAAACAGUUUGGAAACGUUAUUUCGGUCACUUCGCCUCUUUAAUAAUACUAAUUUGUGUUGUAUUUUAUAUCGUUGGAAAGCCUGAUUAGUCACCUUUACAACGAGGUAGAACUUGUAAGGAUCGUGCAUUCAUGGAAAGAGCAACACAGCUAAACUUGAGACAUGUUGAGGAAUGGGAUGCCAUCCCAUUCCGAAAUGUGACCAGGCUGGUGAGGAGGAGGUGCCAAGCUGUUGUGGCUGCUUAUGGCUCAUCCACACGCUACUGAGGUCCAUGACAGUGUCAAAUGAAUAAAGUGUAAAAAGCGUAUUACUGUGGGAGAGUGCAAUCAUCGAUUCCACCAAGCAACUUAAAACAGGAGUGAAUACCAACAGAAGAACUUUGCAGGACAUUUUGGCACAUUUUUUUGGGCGCUACCCACACGUUUAGCUGUGUUGCUCAUUUCAUGAAUGCAUGAUCCUUAUAAGUUAUACCUCGUUAUAAAGGUGACUAAUCAGGCUUAGUCGAUAUAAAAUACAACACCAAUUAGUAUUAUUAAAGGGGCAAAAUAAUUGACAGAAAUAAGGUUUCCAAACUGUUUUUUGAGGAGUUUAUAUGUGAGGAAAAGAAGUGGCCUCAAAGAAAAUGAUCCAAAAAUAAAAAUGUAUCUUUUUGUAAAUUAAAUAGGAACAGUGUGGAGUCAGCUCCUCACAGCUUGAAAGGGCAGCAGCACAACCAGAGAUAAUAAACACGUUCAUCCUUCCAAGAAUCCAGCAUGCAGCUAACAAGUGUAAAUGGGGGCUCUUGAUUCACUUUGUAGGAGCUACAGGGUUAUUUAAAAAAGAGCAUUGCUCAUAUAUGUAUCUUAGCUAACAAGUUCUGUCUCAAAAAAAGCUGGAAUAUAACCUCCUCACAUUUGGUCAAAUGUAUGGAAUAUCAUACCAGCAAUGCAGUCAGAUCUCAUUAUACAAAAAUCACUUUUUCGAUUUAGCUUAAUUUUUUUUUUUUUUUAAGAAUGCAUGCAAAGAUGAACGAAGAAAUUUUCUAUUUUCAAAGAACAACAAAAAAACCCAAGUUUUUGAAAAAACAUUUAAACUAAAGCUCACAUGUUGCAGUUUCAACAGACACUCAGAAUAGGGACUCAAAAACAUGUUGUGGAUCAUGUAAUCAUCUUCCUUUAUUUUAAAGUUAUAGAUAAAUGCUUCAGGUCAUACAAGCCCUUUGACUGACCAGAGUCAUAGUAUUGAGCACUUCUUUAUUUCCCUUAACUGCUCACAUAGAGAUUUAAAAAAAAAAAAACCUUUGUAAUGUUACUUGUAUUUUUGUUGUAUAAUACAUUCAAAAUGUACAGUAUAUAUAUUUACAAUCAAGCCUAGUGAUAAUAACUAUAGAUGAAAACUGAUACUGUGUUAUAUUGAGUACUGUUGAGUCCUCAUGGUUACAGCACCGGCACAAUUUGUAUGACAGUAUUAUUGGAGCUUUGUCUACAGUACACAGAUAUAUUCUAUGAGCUGGUUUACCUUGGAGUUAUUUUCACCACUGAAUGCCACUUGUGAUAUACUGUUUUCAAUUAGGCUUUGAAAAAUGUAAUCUAUAGGUCUCUUUUCUUCCUCCCUUAUACUGUGCAGUGAAAUGUAGAGUAAAAUAUGAUCAUCAGGAUUA